AUGACGAGCGGCGUGUGCGUGGAGAGCGACCUCACCUCGAUGCUCCAGAGAAGCUCCGCCUCCUCGCACCAUCACCCAAAUCACCACGGUUACAGUGGACAGGGACAGGUGUCGAGCCUGGCGCCGAUGCUGGACUACACGACGGAGAUGGAUCGUUACCGCUCGUCCAUCGCCAGCUUCUACAAGACCAACGUCAACAUGAACAUGAACGUUGCAAACUUCCCCCAGUCCGCCAAGCUGGCGGCCCGUUUGGCGGCCGCUACCCCCAUCUUUCCUCCUGCCGCCGCCAGGCUGGGCGCCAUGGCGACAGGGCCCUGGGGCUGCCACGACAACAUGAACAUGAACCAUCCGGCGACCAUGUUCUGGGGUCGGCCCAAACCUGUGGCGACCGCGCCGACGCACCACCACCACCACCCCUCGGCAACGCCAGGCCACAUGACCUCCUCGCACCCGCACAGUACCAGCAUGCACCCGGGUGGCGGGGGUUCGGGAGGAGGCGGGGGUGGAGGGAGCAGUGAGGGGGGAGGAGCUGAAAAACCCGGACACACCGCCUCACUUCCUGUUACACAGGGGACGUCGCACCAUCACCCCAUGGCCCCGAAUGGGAACUUCCUGCCCGGUUACAGCGGCGGGACGGACUGUGGCGUCAUAAACAAGCAGGGACACACCCACGCGGACAUGAUGGGCCUAUCAGAGGGUGGCAGCUGCAACGGGGGAGGGGUGAUGGGCAGCAGCUUCCUGGGGGGGCUGGGAUUACCCCCUGGGGUCAUCGUCAUGGCGAUGGGGUCGGCAGGGGGCGGGAUCUCGGACGCCAGCAGCGCUUUUCAGAUGACGGGCGGCCAGCGGCCGAUAACAGACUGCCAGCAGCACGCCAACUCCUCCCCCUGCCCCUCGUCCUCCUCGCCCUCGUCGUCCGGGGUGACCGCGGGGGGCGUGUCCCUGUCGUCCUCGUCGUCCUCGUCGUCGGGUACGGUGGCGAAGAGGAAGAGGAAGCGCUGCGGCGUUUGCGGGCCGUGCCGACGGCUCAUCAACUGCGGCGUUUGCUCAUCCUGCCGCAACAGGAAGACGGGUCACCAGAUCUGCAAGUUCAGGAAGUGUGAAGAGCUGAAGAAGAAACCAGGGGGAGGAGGAGGGCGGCCACCGUCCGUCCCGACCGGCGAAGCCUUUCGUUGGUUCUUCUAG